ACUUAAAAUAAGGGCUGUGUUUUGUGUAGGCUUACAAUUGCGUUUUGAUAACCGUGUGAAUCUCUCUAUGACAAAGUCACAUCAAUAUAUUCACCUGUAUUUACCCCCCAAAACAUUUUUAAACGCCAAUUAGCUGCUAAUGUGGUUAUCAUAAAGAACUACAAAUGCCAUGAUGAUCUGGACGAGACUGCCGAAUCCGGGCAAAGGUAAGGCUCUGUUAGCUAAAUGUAGUAAUUAAUACGUUUUGGGGAAAAAUUGUAAAUUGACACGAUACCUGUUAACAAAGGCGUCAGCUAGAUAUGACGUGCAGGGAUUUGUAGUCUUGCAUGAUGUCUACUUUGAUGCUAAAUAGCAUUUUCAAAACUGCAAGUAAAUAGAGAUUAAUAUAUUGAUAAGUCACAUUAACCAGGUAAAUCUAUUUUGGACAUCAAAACGUCACACCAGGAUAAGCCUACAUGAAACACAGCCCUUAUUUGAAGUAUUUCUAAAAUUCCAUGUCGAAAAAAGCUAUGGUAGAAAAACUUUGGAAAAAAAACGAUUGGAACCAUUUCCUUGAUUGACCUCUAGGUUUUAUAGUAUUAUGAUACCUCCACAGAAACUCCUUGCUUGGUGAGCGAAAAAACGCUACCUGCUGGAAAAUACAGUUAUCGCUCUCACUUCCUCUUCCUCUCUGCUAUUAGCUUUUAUUUAUUUUAUUUUUUAAAUAUGCCAUUGUCAAAUGAACUGCCAUUGUCUGUAAAUAUAUAUAUAUUUUUAAACGCCUCUUUCGUUGCGUUAUUAUUGGGGGGUGGGUAAAUCUCGAGCAAGCGCGUUCCCAUCUCUCCGCUCCCCUUUAACCAACCAUGGUUACGUGUGCGCUCCCGCUACUAAGCGACAAGAUGGCGGUCGCCGCCGGAUCAGGCGUUAAGGUUCCUCGUAACUUCCGGCUGCUUGAAGAGCUGGAAGAAGGUCAGAAAGGUGUGGGGGAUGGGACAGUGAGCUGGGGAUUGGAAGAUGAUGAGGACAUGACCUUAACAAGAUGGAGAGGGAUGAUCAUUGGCCCUCCUAGGACAAUCUAUGAAAAUAGGAUGUACAGUCUGAAGGUUGAAUGUGGUCCCAGAUAUCCAGAGGCACCACCGUUUGUCAGAUUUGUGACUAAGAUCAACUUGAAUGGUGUGCACAACUCCAAUGGCGUGGUUGACACACGAGCAGUGUCUGCACUGGCCAAGUGGCAGAACUCAUACAGCAUCCGUGUGGUCCUGCAGGAGCUCAGACGACUCAUGAUGUGCAAGGAGAACAUGAAGCUCCCCCAGCCACCAGAGGGCCAGAUCUACACCAACUGAACCCAUGUUACUACUCUCCUCCUUUUCCCCCUCUUUUGUUUUCAGUCAUCCUUUCACCCCAUCUACCACCUCCCUCCUUUUUUCAUUCAGGUGCCUGCCAACACUCAAGCGUACAUACAUACAUACACAUACAGAUAUAGGGACCUACAUGUAUGCACGUGUACAUAAACACAUAGACAUAGGAACAUACAUGUGUGCGAACGCAUAUGCUGACACACACAAACAUGCAAUCACUUCUGUAUGCGCCAUUCCUAGGCCCUGGCCCCUCCCCUCUUCCAUCACUGGAGCUCUGGUUGGCCUAAAGAAGAGGAGGCAGGCGGAGUCAUCGGUCCACACCAGACCUGAUCAUUCGAAUACUGUACAUCUUAAUCUUUUUUUAUUAUUAUUUGUUAUAAAUGCAGAUUGUACAAUAACAUAAAUAAUCUCGAGUGUACAUUUUGUGUGCUGCCUUUUUGUAAUAGAGAAAGAACCCCAGCCUGUCAACAGUGUCCUUGUUUAUAAUUAUAAUCCACCAAUUAUGCGAGUAUUUGUGGAUGUUGUUCAGUGCAAUAUGUAAAUGAGACAUUUUCUUAUCAG